CUUAGAAUGCAAAAAAGGAGAGAACCAAAAAAGAAAAAAAAAAAAAAGAAAAAAAAGGGCAAAAAAGGUUGUUCACAGAUUCCUGAGUCUGUGAGACUCUGCUCUCUAUGAUGGCACAUACCCACAAACUCCAACAAGAAGACAAACACAGCCCACCUAACAAACAGCACAGGAAAGGAGGAGAAAAAAAAAAGGAAAAGAAAUGAGAGAGUGAAAUUCGCUUCAUAAUCACUCUUUUUUUCUUUCCCCUUCUUCAUACCUCUGCAUUCAAAUCUGGGAAGGGAACAAAAAGCUUUGAUUAAAUUAAAGUUUAUUAAAGUUUUAUGCUUUUCUCUCUUUCAACUCAAAUUCAGUCCCACUUCAUUCCAUAAUCCAUUUCCCCUUUCUCUUGCAAACGGCUUAAAUUGCAGUUGUAUUUGUUCUUUCAUUCAUUUCCAUUUCUUCUCUUAACUUCCCUUUUCCACCUCGUCUUCUCUUUGUUACAUUCUAAUUCUUGUUUAAGAGUCAUGCCUGUUGUUACACAGACUACUACAGUGGGUGAACACAUCAAAUUGAGAAGACCCAGAGGCCAUUUGAGCCAACCCAUUUCAGAAUCAGAUCCAAAUCCAUCAAUCCCUUCGAUAAUUCAAUCCACUCGCUGCAAAUCCACCAUUUCCUCUCUCCUUCUCUCGACCUUUUCCAAUAGCGGCGCCACUGAAUCUUUACCCUCUUCAAGUGUCACGAAUAGGAAGAAGAGCAACUUCUCUUCUGCAACUUUCAGGGGACUCGGAUGCACUGCCUCCGCUUCUCAGCAGGUAUCGGUCCCGGCUGUAAUUCGAACUUCCGCGGAUUGGCAGAAGAAGAAGACGAGGAAAAAAAAGCAGAAGAGCUCCAAGAACAAAACCCAGCAAGGAAUUGGUGAUGGAACUUAUUUUCACCCAAAUUCGAAUUUCAAUUCUGCUAGCUGUUUAGACGCUCAAGAUGUUUGGUGCGGCCCUGGAAUUGGAUUCUCUCCUGAUGCUGCUGCUUCUGUGGAUUGCGUUGUCGCGAGAAGGCAUGCUUCUGGGAGGGGAAAAAUUGAUGUGGAGAAGAUGAGCCAGAGGGAGCGUUCUUGCUUAGGAAGGCGAACAGUGAACCCCGAGACCCUCUUGUUUUUGGAUUCUGAUUCUGAUCUUCCAACAGCACGGUCAUUGGAAGUGUCUCGGAGUCGGUAUUAUCGCCAUGUUCGGCAUCCAUCCCCGGACGGGCUGGCUGAGCAGAUUAUGAUGUUCCAGAGCAGUUUGCUGAUGGGUGGAAGGUUUGAUACUCACGAUCAAUUUAGGGAAUUGCGGCUCGAUGUUGAUAACAUGUCAUAUGAGGAGCUGCUUGAACUCGGUGAGAGGAUUGGUCAUGUGAGUACCGGGCUGAAAGAAGACGAGAUCGGCAAAUGUAUUAGGAAGAUGAAGCCUUUUAUCGUAAAUGAGCUAGCAUCCCAUUUAUUAUCUCAAGUAGAUCGGAAGUGCAGUAUCUGCCAGGAGGACUAUGAAGUAGACGAUGAAAUGGGUAAGCUGGAAUGUGGGCACAGCUAUCACAUACACUGUAUAAAACAGUGGCUUGCACAGAAGAAUAUGUGCCCGGUCUGUAAGACAGCAGUGGUGGGCCGAGGCUGAACGGUUUGCCCCACCACGUCUAGCACCUCUUCGACUCUGCCUGCUUGUUUUCUCCCCUAUGUGGUGUAUAGAUUUCAUUGCCUUUUUACAUGAGCAAAGCAUUCAUUCAUUUGUGUGAAGCUUCCCUUUCUACUUAUCAGAGAUAUGAUGGGGCGCCAUUUUCUUAUUCCUCAGUUCUGCAGAGAUUUUAAGUAAUGGUGCUUUUGGGUUGACUUGAUUGCAUAGCUUUAAGACCUCAAGGUUCGAUGCCUUUCUUAUGUUCUUCCGACGAGAUUUUGUCGGGCAAAACUAAAAAAACCAGGUUCUUACCAAGCUUUUCAAGAUGUAAAUUGAUGUAAUCUGUUUACAUUAUGGUGUGGCUCUGCCUUUUGUGAUUGAGUCAAUAGUCGAAAUCUUAUGCUGAUUUGCAAAAUCAUUUUACGAUUA